AUGCCGCUUGGCUUCGGACACCACUCGCAGCGGGAGAACACCGGCGACGAGCGAGGUCGCGACCCCUUUAUCGCCACGGGACGAGGCGGCGCAGGCAACAUCAUCCGAUCUCCCUCGCGCUCGCGCGACCGCGGGGCCAACGAGAUCCCCGCCGCUACCGCCGCUCACGCCCAGGCACCUCACAUCACCCACAGCGGACGUGGUGGAGCAGGCAACGUGCGAUCGCCUUCGCGCGACCCGCUCGACCGCAAGAGGGCAGAGGAGGCCCAGGCGCGCGAGGAGAAGCUCCAGGAAGACUACCGCCAGCAGGAGAAGAAGGUCCCGCACUCGACCGGCCGAGGAGGCGCAGGCAACAUCGCAUCGACCGAUUCGGAGGCCGAGCGCGGCCGUGGCCGCAACGGUGCCGCUGGUCCAGAGGUCGGAGGCGUCCGCGGCAUGCUGCGGUCCCUCUCUCGAUCUCGAUCGCGCGAACCUCGUGCCAACGGCAACGACUCGCCGAAUCGGAGCGGAUCUCGGGUGCGAGCCUCGGAAGGAAGCAGGCUCGCCCAGGUCGACGAGACGCCGCGGAGCUCGGCCGAGGAGGACACGCUGCACGACAGGCAGACCUACGAACGGCCCAACGGCGCAGGCGUGGCGCACAGGCCGGCCGCCGAGACCGAGCAGCCACCCAAACCGGGCUUUGUCGAGCGGCUGGCCAGUCAUCUACCGGGUCGCUGA